AUGGCCGAAAUAGUAUCUGAGUCACUGGUCUCGAAUCCGUUGAUCAGCGACGCUCGCUUAUUGAUUCCCAAGGAGUUUUUCUUUAGGCCAUACGUAUUUCCAUUCAUUCCACUAUAUCUCACGUUCCUGCAUAUUUAUACAAAUCAAUACGAUAGAUAUAUUAAAGGACCUGAGUGGGUGUUCGUUUAUGCUUGUACUUUGAUUUCUUUGAACAUUUUAGUUGCAUUGUUGCCAGAAUGGAAUGUUAACCUUGCUGCUAAGUUUCGGUAUCGCGAAUGUUCUAGUUUGCAACAGGCGACACAUAUAUUAUUAAAGACCACUCCAAAUAACGGUUCUGACGGGAUUGUACAGAUUAGCAAAGUUGUUGAGCAUGAUUAUACACAGAUCUUUUUUCAAUUUCAGAAGAAGAGAUUCUUAUGGUACGAGAAAGAGUCGAAAUUUUUGACUCCCAGAUUCCUUAUCGAUGAAGCACCAAAGGUGAAAUUGUUCCAAAAUUGUAAAGGUAAUUCUGGUGAUUUGACACCUUUGCGCCGGUUGUAUGGUGAAAACAAAUUUGAUAUCCCACUCCCUAGUUUUAUGGAGCUGUUCAAGGAACAUGCUGUGGCUCCUUUCUUCGUCUUUCAGAUAUUCUGUGUGGCACUAUGGUUGUUUGAUGAGAUGUGGCAUCUCUCACUUAUAAACUUUUUUAUGAUCAUGCUGAUGGAGGCUGCUGCAGUGUUUCAACGUUUAGUUACUUUGAAGGAGUUUAGAACUAUGGGCAUGAAAGCUUACGCUAUUAACGUUUUUAGAGACAACAAGUGGCAGCUCAUCCAGACAGAUCAGUUGUUGCCUAUGGACUUGGUCUCAGUGACAAGGACUGCAGAGGAAAACGCUUUGCCCUGUGAUAUGCUUCUUGUGGAUGGUACGUGUAUUGUUAAUGAGGCGAUGCUUUCCGGAGAGUCUACCCCUCUUCUUAAGGAAUCUAUUAAAUUGCUUCCUGCUGAAGAUAAUCUAAAUAUAGAUGGGCUGGGGAAGAAUGUUGCCCUACAUGGUGGUACUAAAAUACUACAAGUUACGCCUCCAGUUAAAGGCACUUCUUCCGUCCCAGUUUCUCCAGACCACGGUGCUUUGGCUGUUGUGACGAAAACUGGGUUUGAAACUUCUCAAGGUUCUCUUGUUCGUGUCAUGAUCUAUUGUUCUCAAACUGUAUCCGCGGGUAAUAAGGAAGCACUUUAUUUUAUAUUAUGUUUAUUGUUCUUUGCUAUUAUUGCUUCAUGGUAUGUUUGGGUUGAAGGUACUAGGAUGGGUAGAACUCACUCAAAGCUAAUCUUGGACUGUAUUUUGAUCCUAACAUCAGUGGUUCCAUCAGAGUUACCAAUGGAAUUGACCAUGGCUGUUAACAAUUCUUUAACAGCUUUGUCAAAGUUCUACAUCUAUUGCACUGAACCAUUUAGAAUUCCAUUUGCUGGUAGACUUGAUGUUUGUUGUUUUGAUAAAACAGGAACCUUAACUGGCGAGGAUUUGGUCUUUGAAGGCUUCGCAGGCUUGAUGUCAAACUCUGAUGAUAUUCAUCAUCUACACUCAGGUUUGGAAGCUCCAUUAGAGACAAGCUUGGUCAUUGGUGCAGCGAAUGCUUUAGUCAAAUUAGAUGAUGGUGAAAUUGUUGGUGAUCCUAUGGAAAAGGCAACUGUUAUGGCUACCGGUUGGAAAGUCGGUGCAAAUGAUACUUUGUCCAAUGAAUCUAUUGGUGAUAUAGCGGUUGUAAGGCGUUUCCAGUUCUCUUCAGCCUUCAAAAGAUCUUCCUCUAUAGCGAUUCAUAAAAAGCGCUAUUACUCAGCUGUUAAAGGUGCUCCAGAAACUAUUCGUGAAAGGUUAGUAACUGUACCAGCCAAUUACGAUAAAAUAUACAAGUCUUUUACUAGAACUGGGUCCCGUGUACUUGCGUUAGCUUCUAAAGAAUUAUCUUCAAUGUCUACUUCUCAAAUUGAAAAGAUUGACCGUGGAAAGAUAGAAAAUGACCUCGUUUUUAGAGGCUUUUUGGUUUUCCAUUGUCCAUUGAAAAGUGAUGCUGCUGAAACUAUCAAAAUGUUGAAUGAAUCUUCUCAUCGCUGUAUUAUGAUUACAGGAGAUAAUCCAUUGACCGCUGUUCAUGUUGCAAAAGAAGUGGGUAUCAUUGAAAGAAAAACAUUGAUCUUGGACGAGCCAAUCGAUGGUUCAAAUCAUGACCUAGUUUUCCGUGACGUUAAUGAGACGAUCAGUAUACCUUUUGACCCAAUUAAAGGUACGAUAGAACAUGCUGAGAUUUUCGCUAAGUAUGAUCUGGCAGUAAGUGGGUACGCGUUAAAUUUACUGUUGAAUCACAAUCAAUUGAAGGAGUUGAUCCGCAAUACUUGGGUGUACGCCCGUAUGUCACCAGCUCAAAAAGAAUUCAUUUUGAAUUCCUUGAAAGGUAUGGGCUAUACAACUUUAAUGUGUGGUGAUGGAACUAAUGACGUGGGUGCAUUGAAACGAGCUCAUGUUGGUAUAGCUUUAUUGAAUGGUACUGAAGCAGGGUUGAAUAAAUUACAAGAGCAACGUAAAACUGAUUCUUUGAAAGCAGUAUAUGAGAAGCAACGUCAUUUCAUGGAAAGAUGGGGUCAACCAGCGCCCCCUGUUCCAGAGCCUAUUGCCCACAUCUACCCACCUGGUCCUUCUAAUCCUCACUACUUGAAAGCUAUGGAGGCUAGAGGCGUUACGAUUACUGCCGAAAUGCGUACACUCGCGAAUGCUGCUGCAGCGGUGCCAGUUAAAAGAGAGAAGACCGCUGGUUCCCAACAAAGUGCAUCGGAUUUGGCUAGUUUAGUUUUAAGCGGUUUAGGUGAUGUGGAUUCUGAGGAUACCCCAACUUUAAAGUUGGGAGAUGCCUCCUGUGCAGCCCCUUUCACAUCGAAGCUUUCUAAUGUUUCGGCGGUUACAAACAUUGUUAGGCAAGGACGUUACGCGUUAGUCAAUACUAUUCAAAUGUACAAGAUAUUGGCUCUAAAUUGUUUGAUCUCAGCAUAUUCUCUUUCUGUUAUCUAUUUGGCUGGUGUCAAAUUUGGUGACGCACAAGCCACUGUUAGCAGCAUUCUACUAUCUGCUUGCUUUCUGACUAUUUCUCGCGGCAAGCCUUUGGAAAAACUCUCUAAAGAACGUCCACAACCAGGUAUAUUUAAUAUCUACAUUGUAGGUUCUAUAUUGGGUCAAUUUAUGGUUCAUGUCACUACAUUGAUCUAUAUCACAUUGGAAAUUUACAAACUAGAACCAAGGGAACCUCAGAUAGAUUUGGAAAAGAAAUUUGAACCCUCUUUAUUGAAUACAGGCAUAUUCCUCAUUAAUUUGGUGCAACAGGUAUCCACUUUUGCUGUGAAUUACCAAGGUGAACCGUUUAGACAAAGUAUCCGGAAUAAUAAGGGUAUUUUGUACAGUAUAACAGGUGUUGCAGGUCUAGCUUUAGCUGGUGCCACGGAAUUUUUGCCAGAAUUAAAUGAAGCAAUCAAGUUUGUCCCCAUGGAGGAUACAUUCAAGAUAAAGAUGACCCUAACAUUAAUAUUCGAUUUCUUUGCCUCUUGGGGUGUAGAACUAUUCUUCAAGUAUUUCUUUAUGAAUUCGGAACCCGCUGAUAUUGCCGCCCGUAGAUGA